AUGGCCCUUUUCCCGGUUACCAAUGCCAUGGGAGGGAAAAAAGUCCACCCGAUUAACACAGAAUCGACAUUGAAUGGCUGUUUGGUUACACUCCGCCAGCGUAGGAACGGUGGACCGGCUAAUCACCCAGUUAGAAGCGAGGCAAGAUGUAUAAGACUCAAUCAGUCGGUACACGUUGGCGGGCACCUAGUUACUGUCGGUGAACACUGUUACGAUGUUACUGCCAACAAUUUGCCUGCAAACUGGUAUCCUCACGCUUUGCCCGCUGAGGAAAUAUUCGAAUGUGUUGUUAUAUACCGCAGCGACGACCAUUGGGUCCUCACAGGGUCCCAUCACGGACUUGCAUCCAGCAUGUGA